UCAGUUGUCAUUUAUCAUAUGUGUUCAGUUGAUAAGAGUGCAUAAAUUAUAUUAUUUCUUAGAAUUAAUUAAUGAAGUGUGGAGUGUUUUCGAGCAUCUGAAUAUUAGAACGCGGUGACGAAAAAUUUUAUUAUCAUCCAGACUUCGAGUGCUUAGGUUUUGGUAAUUAAUAAUGACAAGAAUAUAGUGUUUGAGAUAAUCAUCGAUUCACACCAUAAUCUGCUUUAAAGCCUUAACUAUGGAAAAUAUUCAUAUACCGGUGGAUCUUAAUAAGAGUUAUAGUGACAUGACAGCUGAAGAAAAACUGAGAUAUGACCAUCAAAAGAUGCAUGAACUUCAUAAAGGCCAUGAAUCAAUGCAUUCAACUAUGAUCCUUAUAUUUCUCUUCACCUUGAUUAUAGCACAAAUUGUUUUUGUACAGUGGAAGAAAUGUCAUUAUAAGUCAUAUGCGCUCUUUACUAUGGUGACAAUGUGGUCAAUGCCAUUAAUAAUGAGUCUUAAGAACUCAUGGUUCCGUUUUGUAGUAGUGUGGUUACUCUUUACAUUCCUGACUGCUAUGGUUAUAAGAAAGUCAUCUCAAAAACCAAUGUCGCCUACCACUCCUAGGUUAGUAUACAAAUGGUUUUACCUAAUAUAUAAAGCAAGUGUUGCAGUUGGUUUAUUUGGAUACAUCUCGCUUAUACUAACACUUAUUGGUGUGAAUGCACUAUUUGGGCAUAAACCUAACCAAUGGAUGGAUGUUUCACUACUUACGUUGUUCUAUGGGCUGUACUUUGGUGUACUGGGAAGAGAUGUUGCAGAAUAUUGUUCAGAAAGAAUGGCUGCUUCCAUUGGAUACUACACGGCAGAAGGCAUACCGACGAGACAGUUGGAACAGAAUGUGUGUGCAGUGUGUGGAAAUAGGCUUCUAGUCAAUAUUAAUGAAGAGGGUGUACUUGAAAAUACAUACAAGUUACCGUGUGGGCAUGUGUUUCACGAGUUUUGCAUCCGAGGUUGGUGUAUUGUGGGCAAGAAGGAGACCUGUCCCUAUUGUAAGGAGAAGGUGGAUCUCAAAACUAUGUUCACAAAUCCCUGGGAUCGUCCCCACAUCCUCUACGCUCAGAUGUUAGACUGGAUUAGGUGGCUGGUUGCCUGGCAACCGCUCGUCCUAUUUCUAGUCCAGGGAAUCAAUUGGUUACUUGGCCUUGAAUAAAUUAUACCUUAACGUGGGAUCUUUAGACUUUAUAAAGUGUACAGGCCUCUUAAGUAUUAAACCGUUUUUUAUCUAUGAUUGCAA